CAUUUUGUAUUUGUUUGCCAGCCUGGCAUGGUGACUUUCAAAAGGAAGGGAUAGAGAUUGAGCAGAUUAGAGGCAGCCUUUAUGAAGUAAAAUCGAAAGCGGAAAUAACAAGAACAUUCUACUUUCUUUUUCUCCAUCGAAAGUUAUACCUUCACUGCUGAGCAGUUAGCAAAAAAUAAAAAUAAAUCUCAACAGUCGCCGUCAAGAACUGCUUCACGGCCUGUCAUUUAAUUUGAAACCAAUACCAGGUAAAUUAGUCCGGUGUUUCGCUUGUUAAUCUGAAAGGAUAUGGCGCAGAGUGACAUCGACGAGGAUUUAUAUUCACGUCAGCUGUACGUGCUGGGCCAUGAUGCAAUGCGGAUCAUGGGUGCUGCAAACGUGCUCAUUGCUGGCAUGAGAGGCCUCGGGGUAGAGGUAGCCAAGAAUGUGGUCCUGGCUGGGGUCGGUUCAGUCACCAUCCAGGACCAGGGCACAGCCGAGUGGAGAGACCUGUCCUCGCAGUUUUACCUGAGGGAGAGUGAUCUGGGUCACAACCGAGCAUCUUGUUCUCAGAAACACCUUGCUCUUUUAAAUAGCCAUGUUCAAGUGUCCAGCCACACUGAAGCGCUACAUCAGGACCUCCUGAGCUACUUCCAGGUGGUAGUACUCACAGACUCCUCAUUGGAAGAGCAGCGGUGGGUGGGAGCAUUCUGCCAUGCCAACAACAUCAGGUUUAUUGUGGCUGACACCAAAGGUCUUUGUGGGCAGCUGUUCUGUGACUUCGGGGAAACAUUUGAGGUCAAAGACAUCACUGGAGAGUCGCCAAGCUCUUCCAUGAUUGCCCACAUCUCCAAGGGAAAUCCAGGUAUAGUGACCUGCACAGACGAUCAGGGCCAUGACUUCACAGAUGACAUGAGAGUCACCUUCUCUGGGGUUCAAGGCAUGACAGAGCUAAACAGCUAUGGGCCUAUAGAGAUCAGAGUGAUCGGUAAUCAUUCCUUCAGUAUUUGCGACACCACAGAGUUCUCUGAGUAUGAGAAGGGCGGCGUGGCAACGGAGGUGAAACAGUCCAAGAUGCUUAGCUUUCUGCCUCUGAAUGAUGCUCUGGAGGAAGUGCUGAAAAACCCCGAACUGCUCGUGCUCACUGACUGUGGGAAGGUUCCGAGGCACCGGACCCUGCACCUGGGCUUCCAAGCCCUGCACAACUUCACACAAAAACAUGGCCGAAUGCCCAAACCCAGGAGCCAGGCGGAUGCUGAGACUCUGGUUGCCAUGGCGAGACAGCUCAGCACAGAUGCGCAGUUUGAUGAGUUUGACAAGGAUGUUGUGCGGAAGCUGUCCCUGAUAGCCAAUGGAGAUUUGGCUCCUGUCAAUGCUUUCAUUGGAGGGCUAGCUGCUCAGGAGGUGAUAAAGGCUUGCAGUGGGAAGUUCAUGCCACUCAAACAGUGGCUAUAUUUUGAUGCUCUGGAAUGCCUCCCUGAGCAGAAGGAGGGUGACAAACAUCUGACAGAGGAAGCAUGUGCUCCAAGAAAUAGUCGCUAUGAUGGCCAGAUUGCUGUGUUUGGCUCUGACUUCCAAGAGAAGCUAAAGAAGCUGAGAUAUUUUCUUGUGGGUGCAGGAGCUAUUGGCUGUGAGCUGCUGAAAAACUUUGCUCUGAUUGGCCUCGGUGCUGGAGAGGGUGGGCACAUCACUGUGACUGACAUGGACUCCAUCGAGAGGUCCAAUCUGAAUCGACAGUUCCUGUUUCGGACGGAGGACAUUGGGAAGCAAAAGUCAAUAGCUGCAGCUGAGGCCGUUCAGAAGAUGAACCCCAACAUGAACAUCACACCACACCAGAACCGUGUGUGCCCAGAGAGUGAGGGCAUCUACACACAGUCAUUCUACAGCAGCCUGGAUGGAGUGGCAGCGGCUCUGGACAAUGUAGAGGCCCGAGUCUACCUGGAUGGGUGCUGUGUACAGUACCAGAGGCCCAUGCUGGAGGGGGGAACUCUGGGCAGUAAAGGCCACACAUUAGUGGUGGUCCCCCACCUGACUGAGUCAUAUGGACCAGCCAUGCCUUCAGGGCAGAAAGCCAUCCCUCUCUGUACGCUGAAACACUUCCCCCAUUGCAUAGAGCACACUCUGCAGUGGGCCAGAGACCAAUUUGAGGGCCUCUUCAAACACUCGGCAGAGAAUGUGAAUCAAUAUCUGAGCGAUGCAGAGUUCUGGGCUCGUAUGGCUGCCCUUGGGGAGGUGGAGGCCGUGGAGGUGCUGGAGGGCAUCCACGAGAGCCUCGGCAAGCGUCCUGGCUCCUGGCCAGACUGCGUGGCUUGGGCACGUAUGCAGUGGGAGAGCCUGUACAGCAACCACAUCAGACAGCUGCUGCACUGCUUCCCUGUGGACCAUGUGACUAGCUCAGGACUACCCUUCUGGAUGGGAGCUAGGAGAUGUCCACAUCCCUUAACCUUUGAUCCAGCCAAUACCACCCAUAUGGAUUUCGUAGUUGCUGCAGCCAACUUGUAUGCACAGAUCUAUGGGAUUGAGGGGUCUCGAGAACGGGGGGGCAUUCUGAAGAUCCUAGAUGGCAUACAUGUGCCUGCUUUCACCCCUACAUCCUGUGUGAAGAUCCACAUGACAGAUAAGGAGCUGGAAGCAAGCCAAGAGGAAAGGAAAGAAGAGGACAAUGCCAAGUUAAAUGAACUGAAGAGGAAACUGUCCUGCUUCCAGAUGCCCAGCCAAAACUUCCGGAUGAUUCCACUAGAAUUCGAGAAGGACAAUGACCAUAAUUUCCACAUGGAUUACAUAGUGGCAGCUUCGAACCUGAGGGCAGAAAAUUAUGAAAUUCCACCAGCAGAUCGCCACAAGAGCAAGCUCAUCGCAGGACGCAUCAUCCCAGCCAUUGCCACAACAACAGCUGCAAUAGCAGGCCUCAUGUGUCUGGAGCUGUAUAAGCUAGUGCAGGGCCAUCAGCGAAUCAGCUUAUUCCGGAACACAUACAUUAACCUGGCUGUCCAAUACUUCGUUUUUUCACAGCCAUGCACAGCUCCAAGGUUCACAGUGGCAGGGAUGGAGUACUCCCUGUGGGACCAGCUCCUGGUGCAGGGACGGAGAGAUGGCCAGGAGGAAAUGACAGUGGAGGAGCUGCUGAAACAUAUCAAGGAGACCUAUAACUUGAGCAUUAUCGGUCUGUACUAUGGGCCUGCUGUGUUGUACAGUGAUUACUCCAACCCUGCAGAUCGACUUAAACAAAGAGUUUCAGAUGUUGUCCAAACAGUUACUAAGACUGUGAUCCCACCUCACCAGCAGAUGCUGGAAAUCAUUCCCUCCUUUGCUGAGGAUGAGGACUGUCAGAAGGUCCCUCCAAUCAGAUAUCUCCUUAGAUGAAGUCAUAUAAUGCAGCCUCCACUGGGGAUCAACAGUGGGUUGGGUUUUAACUGUGAUCAUUAUUGUAUUAUUCUAAUGAGCAAAAUUCUGGGAGCCAAAAUGAUCUCUUUAAUCAAGUUCAUUCUGCUAUUACAAAUUUCUGUUAAUAAACAGAAAUUAGAUUACACAU